CAGUGACGUAAAGGAGCAGCCCGAGCUCAUUCUCUGCCCGCAGCCCCCCUUCAUCUCUCUCCUCCUGCUCCUUUUCUCCUCCUUUCUCCUCCCCCUCCCUUUUUUCCUCCCUCCCUCUCCCCCUUUCCCUCGCUCUCCUCCUCCCUCCCUCCCCGUCUUUCUUACCCCCUCCCUUUCUCUCUCUCUCUCUCUCACUCGUUCCCUAACAUUAAAGAGAAAAUGCUGCUAUCCGUGACUUCCAGGCCCGGGAUUUCGACUUUUGGCUACAAUAGAAACAACAAGAAGCCAUAUGUGUCAUUGGCUCAGCAGAUGGCACCACCUAGCCCAAGCAACAGUACACCUAACAGCAGUAGUGGAAGCAAUGGAAAUGAACAGCUGAGCAAAACCAACCUAUACAUCCGAGGAUUGCAACCAGGCACUACUGACCAAGAUCUUGUCAAGCUGUGUCAGCCCUUUCAGGGCAUUGCUUGGCUUAUUCUGUCUAAUCCUUUGGAUCACAGAAGUUCCACGAAAAAAGUCAGCGAGAUGCCGCCAAGGAGUGAAAACAAUCAUCAUAUGUUCUUUAGGGAUGGAAGGAGAGAUGGGAAAAUUGCUUGUUUGGGAUAUGGCAAGAUUGUUUCCACUAAGGCCAUACUGGACAAGACCACAAACAAAUGUAAAGGCUAUGGCUUUGUAGAUUUUGACAGCCCUUCAGCAGCACAGAAAGCUGUAACAGCACUGAAGGCCAGCGGUGUACAGGCACAGAUGGCAAAGCAACAGGAACAGGACCCCACAAAUUUAUACAUCUCAAACCUCCCACUGUCAAUGGAUGAGCAGGAACUGGAGGGGAUGCUGAAGCCCUUUGGCCAGGUUAUCUCCACCCGUAUCCUUCGAGAUACCAGUGGGACCAGCAGAGGUGUUGGCUUUGCAAGGAUGGAGUCCACAGAGAAGUGUGAAGCCAUCAUCACCCACUUUAAUGGAAAAUAUAUUAAGACACCCCCUGGAGUACCAGCCCCAUCCGAUCCCUUGCUUUGCAAAUUUGCUGAUGGCGGGCCAAAGAAACGACAGAACCAAGGAAAAUUUGUGCAAAAUGGACGGGCUUGGCCAAGGAAUGGAGACAUGGGCGUCAUGGCCUUGACCUAUGACCCCACCACAGCUCUUCAGAAUGGGUUUUACCCAGCCCCUUAUAACAUCACCCCCAACAGGAUGCUUGCUCAGUCUGCACUCUCCCCAUACCUUUCCUCUCCUGUGUCUUCGUAUCAGAGAGUGACUCAGACAUCUCCUCUACAAGUACCUAACCCAUCCUGGAUGCACCACCAUUCAUACCUCAUGCAGCCUUCAGGUUCAGUUCUGACACCAGGGAUGGACCAUCCCAUUUCUCUCCAGCCUGCCUCCAUGAUGGGACCCCUUACCCAGCAACUGGGCCAUCUCUCCCUCAGCAGCACAGGCACGUAUAUGCCGACGGCUGCAGCUAUGCAAGGAGCUUACAUCUCCCAGUACACCCCUGUGCCUUCUUCCAGUGUUUCAGUCGAGGUAAGGGUGUUAUCAUUUCUUUGGAUUGAGAUUAGGAAAACGAACGGAGGCAGGUUUCCCCCUGAUCAAGAUCUUCCUCUCACAAUGAUGCUGAUUCUGUGUUCACAAAUAGCUGGUAGGUAUACGAAGAACGUAGGAAGGAUGUGCUCGCUUCGGCAGCAUGCAUACUAAAAUUGGAACAAUACAGAGAAGAUUAUGGCCCCUGUGCAAGGAUGACAUGCAAAUUUGUGAAGCGUUCCAUAUUUAAAAAAAAAACAACAACAGAUGUAGGAAAGAAGGACUUGGUCUGAGUUCAUGAAUGAGGCCCUUCCUUACAUUUGGCCAGCCAGUAGUUGACACCAGGAUGCUGGCUUGUAUUGACUAAUGUGUCUUGGGAAGAGGACAGGCUGUAGGAAGGUUGGGGAAGUGGUGGUGUGGGUGGAAACACACAUGAGUGUGGAGAGUGGGUAGGUUUGGGAGGGCACUCGAUGUAGGGUGGGCUUUGGUGAGGCUGCUGUAGUGGAGGUGAGGAAAGGAAUGCGCAAGAUGACUCCCCUCCUUGGCUAUGGCACAGAAGAGCAGCGGCCAACAGAACCAAGUGGCAGUGGACGCACCCUCAGAGCAUGGGGUCUAUUCUUUCCAGUUCAACAAGUAACAGUGGGUAAGAACCACAUGCUGGGGGGCAGGGAGGGCUGCGCUGGCAGACAGCAGCUCAGCCUGGCCUGAAGUCAGACAGGUUCUCAUGUUUGUCUUGUCUCCUCUCUGGCUUGUGCCUUCUUUAGGAUUCCCCUCCCCAUCUUUACUGAAUAGAAAUGAAUUCUUGGAGAUACUCAUGCUCCCAGAUUCCAGAGGGUUAACCAGGAAUGGAGACCAUCCGUCGGCCCUGCUAAGGACUAACACUUAGCCAUCGUUUUUCACAGGCCUGGGCCUGGAAAAAGAAAUCUCUACGUUCCUGCCCUUUACUAUUGCUGAUGGAGCCUGGGGGAACCAUCACUUUUUUUGUGUGCUACAUUCAAGGAGAUCAAAAACACUUUUUUUCUUUUGCAAAGAAAGCUUUUUGUUUUUAACUGCAACGUACUUUUCCCCUACCUUGAAGAGACAUGGUGGUCGUAGCUUCUCAUCUAUAUGAAAAAGUUUUCGAUGUAUUGGAAUUAUUUGGGAAUGCUUUUAAAACAAUUUGUAAUUAUUUCUUUACAAACCAAAACAGAACAGAAAGGUGUGGUGCUAGAACAUUGAUGAAGGAGCCCUACUUACUGAGCUUAGUUAUGGACUUUUUUGAUGCGUGUGUGUAUGUGUUUUAAAAAGUAUGCAGACUCUAAAAAUUUUAUUCUGUAAAGCUCUCAGCUCAUGCACCCCAUCUCCUCUUCACCCAUAUUAUGCCUUCUUUCUCUUGUCCAGAUUCUUCUUUUUCUCUUUUCUAAACAGCUGAGCCUGCCUACUUUGCCCUUUUACAGCUUUUAAUUUUAUGGAUUUUUAAAAAUGAAAUUUCAUGUGGAAUUUGGGGUUGGGGGGCAGGCUGGGCAAGGAACAAGGCAGAACACUAAGUAGGCCAUGGAAGUGGCUGUUCUUUCCCCCACCCUGCCACACCCUGGGAGACAAAGCUAGACUUUGGCUUCAGAAAGCACAGAUGUGACCCAGGCUUACUAAAGAGACAAUUCCACAGCCCUGGGAACACACCCUUGAGCCAAACUUGGUUGAAGACUAGGUCUUCCCUGGCAAGUUCCGGAAGAAUGGACUUACUGACUUUUACCAACUCUUCUCACUGCCAAGGCCAACAGCAUCUGAGGAAGCAUCUGAGGUAUAGCUUUUUGGGAGUACCUGCUUUCUUGCCUCCCGGAGGAUAUUUUCUGUCUGGGCUUCAUGGCCCCUCUCUUCCCUGUUACACAUUGCUGUGCUCAGAGCCUUUGCAGCUGUGACCUAGUUGAAUCCACAUAGGCUCCUUCCACACGGUGGAAGAUCUGCUUCACUCACAGACCAGGAGUUCUCAAUCAGAGGUGGUUUUGUCCCUCAGAGGCCUUUGGCAACAUCUAGAGACAGUUUUGAUUGCCACGCCUGGAGGUGGGAUGUGUGUGCUACUGGCAUCUAGUGGCUAGAAGCCAGGGUUGCUGCUAAACAUCCUACACUGCAUAGGAUAGUCCCCACUACCCCCAACCAAGAAUUAUCUGACUCCAGAGGUCAAUAUUGCCAAGACUGGGAAACACUGAUAUAGACAGUAUUGUCCCUGCCUCCUGGGUUAGGGUAAAUUCUCACCCCAACCCUGGACAAACAGUGCCUUUUGACACUCAUGCAGCUGUUUGGGAAGGACUGGACUGGGAUCCUUGAAUUCUCCCCAGACUUUGACUUUUGAUAACUCUGCAUAUAGCAAGAGUGAUUCUUGAAAGAGCUGUGGCUGCAUGCUGAAUGCACACAUGUACUCAGAGGGAUUCAGGUGGGCAUUGUUCUGGUGUGUGCUGUGCAACGGUGGGAAAGGACAAAGCUCUCUAAACUGUCCAGAGCAACCUGCCCUGCCCGGGUGUGCUUGGACCCUUUGCCCAGGGAACCAGGACAUCAGAAAUAAUGUUCCUUCUGUGGAAGGACAACAGGGAGCUAGGGUAGAAAAGAGCAAUAAAUUCCAACUCUUUAUGAGGUCAGGAGUCCUUUAAAAAAGCCUAUGUCUUGGUCUUUAACUGUCCCCUUCUGCAAGAUGUGACUCUAUACACAUGGAGACAGAUUGAAGAAAGACUUCACCCAUCUUCUAGGAAAUAAAAUCCUGCUCUUGUCUUCUCCCAGUCACUCCCUUAUGCACUGAAAGGAGAAUUUGACUCCCUUGCACUUCAAGGCCAGGUGCCUCUCCACUAGACAGUAAGACAAAGGCAAAUAAUGGAGGAUAGAGAGACAGGUGUUCAUUAGGCUGGCCAUAGGGAGAGGAAGGGGGUGACAGCAGGGGAAAAGAAACUGUAGUAUCAGUUGUCACAAGAAGAGCUUGGCCCAGCUUUCCCUCCCUUCCCAGCCACCCUAGAAUUGAGAGUCCCAGUGCCCCUAGUGUCGACUUUCUAUGUACAUCCUAGGGGUGAGGGAGUGCGGGGCAAUGGGUAGGAUAUAAAGCGUAAAGGACAAAUUGCCGCAGUCUUCUAAUUGAUGCUUCCAAACUCAGGAAGGGCUUAUCCAGUGUAAAAUAGCCCCAAGCCCAGCAACCUUCUAGAGGGCUCUGGCUGGGCAGAUAGCUUUUGUUUUUGAGUCUCCAGCCCUCAGUCAAGGAAAAUAUACCAUAGCUGCUUUCUUGUCAGUGGCCUUUGAGAGAAAGAGAAAACAAAUCUAGAAUUCUGUUCAUCUGAUAGACCGGGGGAGCUUUGCUAUGGUAGGAGGUUUAGGAAGGGCCUUUCACGCAUAGAAACCAUUGUUGAUAUUGCCACUCCCCUCUCCUCUGCCUCACAGAACUCCUGAUUCUGUCUUCUUUCUCUCUCUCUAUAUAUAUUUUAAAAUGUUUAAAUGGAUCUAAUUUUUUGUUUUGAAUUUUGAAUUUACCUUUUGGAGUCCUUCUCAUGUGAAUCUACUUGUUAGAUUGUA